AUGCUAGAUGAAGCUAAUAAGUUUCAUCCAAACAUUAAACUAGUACGACAAAUCGAAGCAGCUGAGCCAUAUGUCGCACCAUUUGGAUCAGAUCAUCCUGGUCAUGUUUUCCGAAACACUGUUGAUACUGCUAUUACGAGAGCAGUUCGUUAUUCAGCAACUUUAUCUCAAUUCGAAGAAGAAAUACGACAAAUGAAUUUCAUUUUUCUCUAUAAUGUGUACACAUCAAGACAUAUCGAUUGGCGACUCAGUACAUUAUUCAGUAAAUAUUUACUAGAAAAUUUCAUUUUGCCUGCGCUCAAUACAUCUGAUGACUUUGGUUAUUUACACCACCAGCUAUUGACAACAUCAACAGCUACAGCAUACAAUAAAGUAACCAGAACUUCAACUGCCAAUCAAACUCAUGACAAAAACAAUGGAAAUCAGCUUCUACGACCUACAGACAAUAACGAAUUAACAAAAGGAAAAAGUCUCAUAAUUCAUCAUAGACACGAAAAACGACUCCGGAACACUCACCGACAGAUUCUGGAACUAUGGAACAGUGUUUUUCAUGGAACAGAAGUUAUCAAUGCUGCUCUUAUGCUCGGAACUUAUCUGAUUCAAAAUUUGAAACAAGAAUUAUGCGCUAGAAUGAUCAAACAUAUUCCAAGUGCUGGAAGCAAUCAAGAGGACAAGACGCAACGUCAGCCUGAUAAACAAGCAGCCAAUAUUCAAUCGAAUCAAACAAGUCAAUAA